GGGAGUCGGAAAAAGAGAAAAAAAAAGUAGAGGUUCCGAAGAGAGCCGAUGUUUACCUUCAAUCUUUGCCCCGACUUGAAGACAGAGCAUUCUUUUUUUGCCUGGUAAUCCGUUUCUGUGUUGCGUUUUUGAUUUGUCCGUCAACUUUUCAUCUUCAAAAAACGGACAAACCUGUUGGGCAUUAUGGGGAGCUUUAAAGGUCACGCUCUACCUGGAAUCUUAUUCCAGAUCUUUGGUCUCUGGUGGACUGCGAAGUUUUCUCUCUUGAGCGCCUCUCGCAGGAACAGGAGCAUUGGUUCCACGCGGCUGUCAGGAAGAGAUUUUCAGCGACGCCUGGAAGUGAUCGAGAGCUCCGUCGUCCUGUUUUUUGCCUUUGUCGGAAUCAUUGCAGAGCAGUUUGCUGACAGCGGGCCAGGGUUUCAUCUGUAUGACUCUGCAGAGAAACACUGGAUCUACCUAAUGAACUGGCAGCACUGUACCAUGUACCUGUUCUUUGCUCUGGCUGCCACUGUGACUCUGGUCAUCCACACCACUGAGGCUGCACCCCUGGCUCUGGAUCGACUCAUGUUGGCCCUCGCCUUUUUUAAUGAGGGCUUUCUCUUCCUGUACCAUCUCCAUGGACGAAGUAUGCUGGACGUCCACGUGCAUCAGCUCCUGCUCUAUGCCAUCUUCGGCACAGCUCUGGUCUCUUUCCUGGAGGUGUUCCACCGAGGCAACAUCCUCCUGGAGCUACUGCGCUGCACCUUGACUCUGCUGCAGGGGAGCUGGUUCUGGCAGAUAGGUUUUGUCCUCUACCCCCCCAGUGGCUCUCAGUGGGAUCUGGACGAUCACACCAACAUGAUGUUUGUCACAAUGUGUUACACGUGGCACCUUUGCUUGGCCGUGCUCAUCGUCAGCUUUCUUUAUUGCACUGUCAGCUGUGUGGUGCGCUCCAGGUUGAAGAAGACUCCUCCGAUGGAAAUGGGCCUUCUGAAGCACAGAGACAUAGAACAGGAGUCAGAAGAUGAGAAUUUCUAAAUAUGAUACUCGCUUUUCUACAGUUAAAUCAGGGAUUUAGUGUUUGCAAUUUCCAGCUGAUAUGUUCAGAGACAGCAGCAGGAGAGAGUCUGGGCUUGUUAGUUCACAAUGGGUCAGCACUGAUUCCAAACCAAAAAAGCUCCUCUUCAAUUUAUGGCUCACAAGUGUGAGGAACUGUAGUGACUGAACUCAAAAAGGAAAGGGAACAUCAGCAACUACAGGGGCAUUUCAAUUUUUGCACAGAGGUAGCUCAGUUAGUCAGUUAUGGAAGAAGUCAUCAAAAGACUGUAAAAUAUUGUGGCCAUUGAGAAACAAUUCAGACGACCAUUUGCUUUUGCAUCGACUUCAAUUGUAUGCAACGUGUGUUUGAAGCCAUUUUUUUAUUUUUAUUUGCACGGAGUUCGAGUGUUCAAGUGCCUGUUUCGGGUGUUUCUGCUGUGUAUGACAGUGCCAUCUAGUGGUCAAUCGAUGUCAAUCGAAAACGGUAGCUGAUUAAUAAAUGUAUCCUCAGUCCAGGUUUUGAAUACCACUGAAGAUGUUAAUUAAAAUUUGGUCGUCCACA